UUCCAGUCACUCACACCCUGUCUUCUCUUCUCACUUCUCUCUGUGUCUCGCACGCCGGCACGCGUUCUCGCCUUCUCGGUUCAGUCUUCACCGUUCAGGCGUUCACCCUCACCCGGGCAGCUAUAAGACGCUUCUUCAUUCUCCGUAUUCACUUCACUUUCUUCAUUUCGGUUCAGUCUUCACGUUCAGGCGUUCUCGGUUGACGAUCGCGCAGGCGUGCGGCUGUCGGAACGGUCAGACGGCAUCGAGCUCGGCCUUCUUCUUCAUUCUUCAUCUUCUUCGUCGAUUGCUCUCCCUUAGUUCCGUUGUAGGUGAUAAAUUUGUGAGAGUUAAAUGGAAGCCAAGUUUUUCCGUUUUCUCAAGAUUGUGGGUGUUGGAUACAAAGCCAGAGCCGAAUCUCAAGGGCGUCUCUUGUAUCUCAAAUUGGGAUACAGUCACGAGGUUGAGUUGACGGUACCGCCUGCAGUUCGAGUUUUCUGUUUCAAAAACAAUGUGGUUUGCUGCACUGGAAUAGACAAGCAAAGGGUGCACCAGUUUGCUGCUACUGUGCGUAGCUGUAAGCCACCUGAAGUCUACAAAGGCAAAGGUAUAUUGUACAUUGAUGAAGUUAUCAAGAAGAAGCAGGGAAAGAAGUCUAAAUGAUUGCUUAUGUGUUUCAAGGCAAUACUGGCUUUGAUGCACUAUGGCUCAGCCUGCAAAAACCGGCUCCUGCGACUUAGGAAAACUAGCUUAGCUUGAUUUGGAAUUGAGAACUACUCUGGUUUUGCCAUGUUUCAAGAGGCAUUGAUCAUUGUCUAGAGAUUUUUUUUUUCUUGGGUAAAGAUUGUCUAGAGAUUUUAUUUAAACUAAUAACUUCCAUUUCUCUCUAUAUUGUUGGGCUUUGAUCAAUGACAUGUCAUUUUUCAGGGAGAAGCCCUGUUUUUGUGCUUAA